AUGGUGCAAAGGGCUCGACGCCCUAAUGCUUUACGUACAUACAUAGCCUCAUCCUCCAUCAUUCCUGGAAAGGAACCUUUUAGGAGAGGGGUACUGUUCAGUACUGUUGCUGGCAUCAUCAUGAUUGUUGGAGGUUUGCUGACAUGGAUGGGAUUUAACAAUGUAUUUAGUGGACGAGCAUCAAUGAUGGGACCUUUGUUUAUAGCUUUGUCUCUGUUGCUAAUGUUUUUCUCAACAAGACAAUUUCUUAUUGCAAGGAAGCAAAGCAGAAUAGCACAAGAACGGAUACAAACACUGAGUAGAGACGCAGUUGCUGCUAUGGUAAUCAAUAGAGAGGAUGGUAUUGGGGCAGUGACAGUUAUCAUGGAUGCUGUAGAUAUGAGUCCUGAUACAUCUUGGAGGUCAAAUCAUUCAGUGGAAUAUGCACCCCCUUCAUACAGUGAGGUCCUUGGGCAGAGCUAUACCCCCUCUUCAACCAGUGCUAGACAACCAUCACCAUCAGAACAAGAUUUUGAACCACCCCCUUCUUAUGAUGAGGCAGUAGCUGCUUUGGCCUGUCGACAGGUUGUGGUCUCUGCACCCAGCAAUGAGUACUCUGAGUUUAUUGGCCACACCUGUACAUCUGUUGCUAUGGAACAGGUAUCUUCUCCAUCCUCACCAGCAUCACCACAUCAAUCAGCUGAGCAGCGGUAUCCACUGCGUCCUAAACUGCGGCAUCAAGAAAGUAUUGAUGAAGAAAGUGAUGAUCCAAUGCAGGAAGAAUUUCCAGCUGUAACAGGCUGA